AUGAAUCUGGAACAUCGUAUAAGAGCCUAUCGCUUCGUUACCUAUUCCGCGGUUACUUUUUCUGUCGUCGCCGUCAUUUCAGUAUGCACUACACUGCCAAUGGUUUACAAUUAUGUACAUCAUGUGAAACGACAAAUGCAUAAUGAGGACUCUGCUCGUGAUAUUUGGUCGGAAGUUGGACAACUGAAGACAAUUCAAAAACAAGCAAAUAGGACUGCACGUCAAGCACGUCAACACUAUGCAUAUGGCGACUGCUCAGCCUGUUGUACGGGAGGAGAGGCAGGACCACCAGGAAUGCCGGGAAAUCCAGGACGACCAGGAAAUCCGGGAGCACCUGGAAUCCCUGGUAAACCUGGACGACCUCCAGUUCAGCCGUGCGAACCGAUCCCAGUUCCACCAUGCAAACCUUGCCCACCAGGACGACCAGGUCCCCCAGGCCCUGUUGGUCCUCCUGGUGAGCCAGGAGCUCCCGGAAACAAUGGUGCUCCCGGAAACGAUGGCCAACCUGGACCUCCUGGACCGAAAGGACCACCAGGACCUCCAGGAAAAGCAGGAGCACCCGGAGCACCUGGUCAGCCAGGACAAAAUGCACCUUCGGAGCCGCUGGUUCCCGGACCACCUGGACCUCCAGGACCGCCAGGGCCACAAGGACCUCCUGGACCCAAUGGAGCACCGGGUCACCCCGGCGCACCAGGUUCGAUCCUUACUUUUCUAAUAUCGGCAAAACAAAUUAUAGUUCUUGAACUUUUACUAAUUGCUCGCAAAGCGAUGAAACAUCUUCUCUUUCCCUUUUUGCUCAAUAUGCAAAGACCACGAGGGCAAGACGGACAUCCAGGUGCCCCUGGAAAUGCUGGACGUCCCGGACAACCUGGACCACCAGGACCACCGGGAGAACGUGGAGUUUGUCCGAAGUAUUGUUCAAUCGACGAAAAAACCUACCGCCAAGAUUCAUCAAGAAGUAAUUUCUUACUACGUGGUAAUGAAUCUGGAUUCACCGAAACGUACUGUGACGAAAAAGUGCAUUACAACUUAGAGAACACUGAAGAUACUUGA